AUGAAUCUCAUCCAACACUCCCACUUACCUGCUGCGGAUGAAUUUUCUCUUUCUGACAAUUUAUUUGGUGUACUAACAGAGCCAACAACAGGUCCUUUGGGGCAGAAUCUAGAAGUGGAACCAUACUCACAAUACAACAACAUCCAGUUUCCUCAAGUUCAACCACAGAUUUCCUCAUCAUCCUAUUAUUCCAGCCUGAAUUUCUACCCCCAGCAGCCUGAAGAGUGGUACUCUCCUGGAAUAUAUGAACUCAAGCCACUGCCCACCGAGACCCUCUACCAGGGAGAGACUGAGGUAGCCGAGAUUCCUGUGACAAAGAAGGCUCGAAUGGGCAUGUCCACGGGGAGAAUCAAAGGAGAUGAGCUCUGUGUUGUUUGUGGAGACAGAGCAUCCGGAUAUCAUUAUAACGCGCUGACCUGUGAGGGGUGCAAAGGUUUCUUCAGGAGAAGCAUCACCAAAAAUGCCGUGUACAAGUGUAAAAACGGAGGCAACUGUGUGAUGGACAUGUACAUGCGAAGGAAGUGCCAGGAGUGUCGACUAAGGAAAUGCAAAGAGAUGGGAAUGUUGGCUGAAUGCUUGUUAACUGAAAUUCAGUGUAAAUCCAAACGACUGAGAAAAAACGUGAAGCAGCACGCAGAUCAGAGUGUUAAUGAAGACAGCGAAGGGCGUGACCUGCGACAAGUGACCUCGACCACGAAGUCAUGCAGGGAGAAAAAUGAACUCACCCUGGAUCAACAGAAUCUUCUACAUUAUAUUAUGGAUUCAUAUAGCAAACAGAGGAUGCCUCAGGAAAUCACAAAUAAAAUUUUAAAAGAAGAAUUCAGUGCAGAAGAAAAUUUUCUCAUUUUAACUGAAAUGGCUACCAGUCAUGUACAGAUUCUUGUAGAAUUCACAAAAAAGCUACCAGGAUUUCAGACGUUGGACCAUGAAGAUCAGAUUGCUUUGCUAAAAGGGUCUGCAGUUGAAGCUAUGUUCCUCCGGUCAGCUGAGAUUUUCAAUAAGAAACUUCCAGCUGGACAUGCUGAUCUAUUGGAAGAGAGAAUCCGAAAGAGUGGUAUUUCUGAUGAAUAUAUAACGCCGAUGUUUAGUUUUUACAAAAGUGUGGCAGAAUUGAAAAUGACUCAAGAAGAGUAUGCACUGCUUACAGCCAUUGUUAUUCUCUCUCCAGACAGACAAUACAUAAAGGACAGAGAGGCCGUAGAGAAGCUUCAGGAACCUCUGCUGGACGUGCUGCAGAAGCUGUGCAAGAUCCACCAGCCGGAGAACCCCCAGCAUUUCGCCUGUCUCCUGGGCCGCCUGACGGAGCUGAGGACAUUCAACCACCACCACGCCGAGAUGCUGAUGUCCUGGCGGGUCAAUGACCACAAGUUCACCCCGCUCCUCUGCGAGAUCUGGGAUGUGCAGUGA